UUGUACAAUCUACUGGAAAGAAUAAACCCAGAUCACAACUUCCCAGUCAGUUCUCACUGUCUCCGAGCAGCUGCAUUCUACAUCCGGGGCCUCCUGUCCUUCUUUCAGGGAAGGUACAAUGAAGCAAAGCGAUUUCUACGGGAGACUCUGAAAAUGUCAAACGCAGAGGAUUUGAAUCGAUUAACAGCCUGCUCCUUGGUGUUACUGGGUCACAUAUUCUAUGCACUAGGAAACCACAGAGAGAGUAAUAACAUGGUGGUACCAGCCAUGCAGCUGGCCAGCAAGAUCCCAGACAUGUCAGUGCAGCUGUGGUCUUCAGCAUUACUCCGGGAUCUGAACAAAGCUUGCGGGAACAGCAUUGAAGCUCAUGAAGCAGCUCAGAUGCACCAGAAUUUUUCUCAACAGCUUCUCAAUGACCACAUAGAGGCCUGCAGUCUUCCUGAACACAACCUGAUCAAUUGGACGGAUGGGCCUCUUCCUGUACAGUUUCAAGCUCAGAAUGGACCCACCACUAGUCUCGCCAGCCUGCUAUGAACAGAACUGAAUGUGUAAAGCAGUGGAACCUCAGUGCAGCUCAAUUCAACUGAGAAGCGGUUUUGAAAUCAUUUCCCAGUCAUUGUUGGUCAGGUCAGACAGGAGACAGAACAAGAGAGUGUAUCUGUGAGCAGCACUGUGGAUGCUUUCCAGUCUUUAACCUGCUUUCCUCUGGGUGUUGAGCCUAUCUCAGCAUCUGUGGGUGCUGAGGAUUUUGAUGCAAAGGAACAGUUUGGGUCGCAGGAUGUCAGGUGGGCUUAUCCUGUUCUCCAGUUGCCAAUCCUUUUCAUUGAAAAGUAUGUUUGUACUUUGCUAAACUCUGUAUUCUCAAUUAGCCUGUUUCUCAAGUGACUUGAACAAUUUCCUUUUGGGGGGAAAUGGACGAGGGGAUUUCACUCCCUUCCCCAUCCCUUUGUACGUUCUUACUUCCCCUACCCCAUGUCCACAUUAUCAUAUUGGCAUUGAAUGCUUGUCCCUGCUGUCAUCCCUACUGAUGUAGGUUGCCAUGGAAAUGGAAGCGGCACUUCAAAACUGCUCAAGCUCUGAAUGAAUGAAGUAGUAACUGGGGGCGGGGAUGUUAAUUUUGUACAUUUAUAAAUAGUAUUGAUACGUUCAGUGGCUUGGUGGUGCUAUUUAUGGCAUUAGCAGUGUUCAGUGGUAACUUUUACAAAAUGGCUGAGCCUGCAGUAUAAGUGGGCGUCAGGAUCAUGGGAUCCUUUGUUGACUGUGUCCAUCUAUAAAGUAGUGGCUGCGGAAGCUGACAGCAGCAUCCAAGAGAUUGUAGUUUGGCUAAAUUGGCUUGCUUCCUUCCUGCCAAAAGGUUCACCUGAAUGUCUUCCUUCAGCUUUCAGGCUGUCUCACCAGGCGUCUCAAUUGUGGCAAACAAAUAGACCAUCAUUCUCGUACAGUCUGACCUCCACAAGGAGGAAUGGCUUGACUUCUCCUAUUACUCCUCCUCUUCCCAUCAUCAUGAUUCAAACUCUGAGAGCGCACAUCAUAGAAUUAUACUGCACAAGAGGUGUAAAAGUGUCUCAACGCUGUAAAUUCUCCUUUUGAUUUGGUAUUUUUAUUUUGUGUCCAAAGACAAAUCCUUAGUUCUCUGCUUGUUUAAUUUUAAAAAUUUGAAGGCCGAGGGUCUUGGCCACCUCAAUCAUGUAGUGAGCAAAUUCCCACAAAGCUAAUCCACUGGCCAAAUUCCUUCUUCCCACUCCUCCUUUUCCCCACUGGCCUCAUCUUUUCCUGAUGUAGUCAGCGAAACAUGCCCUGACACACACUACCAGCAGCUGUGGCCAUUUAAUGAGGGAUCUAACGUCCAGUAAUGGACAUAAUGUGGAGGUACCGGUGUUGGACUGCGGUGGACAAGGUCAGAAAUCACAGGACACCGGUUUGUAGUCCAACAGGUUUAUUUGAAAACACAAGCUUUCGGAAGCUUGCUCCUCCUUCAGGCGUUAUACCUAACACCUGAAGAAGGAACGAGGCUCCGAAAGCUUUCAAAUAAACCUGUUGGACAAUAACCCAGUGUCGUGUGAUUUCUGACCAUGUAAUAAUGGAAACCAUCUAAUGCAAAAACAUCGACCAAAAAAUGAUUUUAGCAUGGACCUACAGCGCUUUUUAAGCAGGAGUUGGCAUCUGCCUUAACAACCUAAUAGCUGGAUAGGUGUUACAGUACUGAGUUGUAGGACAAUAGGAUUUCAGUUUUAAUCCAAGUCGCCAAUGGCUUGUCUAGAGCAGCGACUGGUGCAUUAUAAACGCCCUAAGUAUCACUGAAGGAAGAAGAAACAAAAAUCAGUUCCUGAUAUCUCUUCAUUGAUCCCAGUUAGAAAGAGUGUACUCGUUUACGCUUAACACUGAUUCAACUCCUCUAUGAUCAGUCAUGUACUGUAACCUCAUAACUUAGUCCUAGAGUGAUCCUUUUUGUGAAGCCCUGAGUUUAAUCCAAGUCUGAAUGCUGAUCUUAAUAAAUUCAUAUCCAUUUGAGUGAGAUGAGGUGAUCCGGAACAGCCAGGACUCCUGUUCUGGGUCUAAAUUCAAUAGGACGUGCAUGCAUGAGAGACUACAUCAAUACAUUUGCCCUGAGAUCAUAUCAUGGGCAAGCAAAUCUUUUGACACAUUAAGAAUUCCCCCUCAGAGGAAGGUAUUGGUUGAUUGACCAUUGCAGGCAUCAGGAAAACUGGGAAGAAAGUUGGCAACAUACAAGAAGUAAGCAGAUUGAAUUCCUGGACUACUACUCCCUUUAAAUGGGCAAAUAGGAAUGAGCAUUAAAGGUGGAAGUCAUCUCAUGCAUUUGGGAUUCCAUAUGGGAUACUCUCGUCCUGAUAGAGUAGCUGUGAUGAUGGGGGGAGUGGGGGCUCCAGUAUUGGAGGUGUGGAAAGGGUCACAGUCGGUGGCUGGAGGAGGUAAUAUUAGUGCCAAUGUGUACUAGCUGAGGUUGUUGGAAAGAGCAGGCAAUUGGGCAGAAACUGAGGUAAGUGGUUAAACAGUUAAAACAAAAGUUAAGCCCUUCCUGUUGACAUUCGGUUGUACAGAACUUGAAUAUUGCUGAAAAACUACACAGUUUGUCAAAGUUUUUUGCCUUACACUAGUCAGGACAAUUUGCAAGAGCAUCAAUUCAAGGGGAACACCAACACACUCAUGCAAUAUAAACUUUGAUUUUCCCCCUGAAUUGAUAUUCUUGUGAAUUGUCCUGGUGCAAGACAAAAAUCUUCGGCAAAUUCCUUUUUUUUUCAGUAGUGUUCCUCUUGUCUUGAUUUAUUUUGUUUAUUUUAGCAUAUCUAAAGCCUCAGAGCAUUCUCUAGAUGAGCACGAUAAUUUUUAUUUAAACUAUCAGUUUUUUUAGCAAUUUAGUAAGUCCAUAUCAAGCAGCAUUAGCGAAACAGCAAAAAGGGAUCCUCUGUUUAUGUUCAUUGAGGACAUAAUUUAGAAAUUUCCCCCUUUUUAAAACAAUGACUGGCGUGGAAAUACCAGACUUCCUUGUGUGACCAGGCUAGUGCCUCCUUGCUCCAUAAGAUCAUUCGAGAUCUACUAGUUUCUUCAAAUGUAAGUCACAUUUCUAAAUGGAAUUUUUUUGUUUAAUUUGACAAAAUAAUUCUCAACUGUCCUGGGCAUCAAAUUCUUCUGCCAUUCUUUUAACCACUGUACUCUCUCUGACUGACCAGUGAGCUUAACCUGCCGUUUUGCAUUCUGAUUGCCUACUGUCAGAGACCAUUUAUGUAAAUUUAGGGUUGUGUUGUUAACGCUAACAAUAUGUUGUACAGCUUGUGUUUCUUUUAAGAAAUUAUUGUAUAUUUUAUUCAGUGAGAUAAUUAACUGAGCUAAUCCCCUACUCCUGACCCUCUGGCCUUUGUAAUUUAUAAAUUAGCAACUUCCUUCAUCACAUUAGGCUCUUGUAGACAUAUUACAACAUAGUAACAUGCACGUAUAUACAUACAUGUAUACAAUAUAUUGAACUGUCCUACAGUUCAACUGGCCAAUAACCAUCUUGGUUUUUUGCCUGGUAACUUUAAUCAACCUUGACAGAAAUCUGGGCAAUAAUUUUAUUAAGUGCUGUAGAACAACUUAAGGCUUCGCUUUUUUAAAAUUCUGUUUCCCUACUCUCCUGAAGAGGUCUGGCUUUCACUGACACACAACUUCCAGGAGCGCUGCACACUCCAUUGCUCAGUGUCCUUUCUUCACUUUUGACCCUAGUUUGCAAAUCCCAGCAGACAAAAGGCCACUCGUUUUUGAUCAAAGUCCAUACUAAAGUAUGACCCACCCUUGGUCACUUUUAUUGGCUGGCAAGCAAAGCUUCGCUUGGCAGACUUGUUCUCUUCCCCCCACCUUAUCUUUCCUGCCUUUUCCAGGCAUGUGAGGGAAGACUUCUUCAAGGUGACCUUUCUCAACCAGUGUUCUCAGAUCCACAUCCAAAGAUAAAUUGAUGUAGGAGAGGAUGAUAUAAUUUCAUCCAUUUUAUGAUUCCAUCCAGCAAGCAUUGCCCUAUGCCCAAUAGUCCAAAUGCAGCAAUCAGUUAUCCAAAGGACGAAGGGCCCCCAUCUCAGUCAACUGCCAGGCAAAAGUGGUGUAGUUGUAAUCCACCUCAAUAUCCUGAGUUACCAUCAGUGCAUGCACGAUCCAUCGGGGCUCCCCAUUCUAAUCACUGCUCCCAGCAGAUAAGAUGGACAGAUUUUGGUGGCAGCAGUAUCAGUUUUCCCUGCUCUAGUCACCCACCACCUUCCAAAAUAUGAUCAGUUAAUCUAUAAGCACCUUCUAAAAAGCAACACAGACACAGCUAACAGCAGCUGAGUUGUCCAAAAGCACUGGGAAGCAAGAUUUCUUGCAUUCUGCGGUAUUGAGGUGAUGCAUGCCUACUAUUGGCCUCACAUGGUCAGCAGCAAAGGGGCAACCAUCUGAACUUGUCUACAGAAACUUAUGCCAGGAUGGCCAAUAUGGGAAUGCUGUCAAAGGGGAGAUGUUUUGGCUUUGUAUUAUACUGAAUGUCACAGGGUCACCAAUAUGCUGAUUGUGCAUCAAUUGUUAAAGCUGAUUUCUCUUUAGGCUAUUUUGUAUCCUGGUAUAAUUUCAAUAUUUGACCAGUGGAUCUUGUAGCUGUAACAAAUUGACCAUUUUUGUUUAAACACUUCUCGCCCCCCCUCUUCUCUUUCAAAUAAAAAAGGAGAAGUUAUAAAGAUGAGGUUUUUAGAAGUUUUAUAUAUAAGCUAUUCUUUAUACCACACAUAUAAGGAUAUAAGCUGAGAGCAGCACAAAUAAUAUCACUUCAAAGUAGUUAUACUAGUUACUGAUAAGUCUUCUGUUGCUUUUGAACACCAGUAACAUCUAAGUUGAUGGCAGCUUUUGCAGAAUUUGAACUGUGUGCUUCUGAGAUUCCACAUGUAGUAUGUUUCCAAGAAAUGUCCUGACCUCUGGAGUAGAUCAGGGCACAUCCUCCGGGCUGAUUAGCUCAUCUCAACCAGGACAUUUGUCAAACUGGGCAGAGUUUUGGGAAUGAUGGCUUGUGCCCUAAAAUUAUGUGGUAUAAAUUUUCAAAACAGUGGUGUUUAGCUGGAGAAGUGUUUAAACAACAAAUUUAGCCCUUGAAUGCUUUGAUACCUUGAGACUAAAUGCAACAAAUAUUAAUCUUGGUAGGUAUCACGUUAGGACGCGCAUGGUACGAUUGUGCAAAAACAAAUAUCCGUGGUGAAGAUUUAAAUAUUUUAAAUAAAUAUAUAGAUUAGAUAAAGAACCUCUUUUUAUAUAAUCGAGUUGACGAUGUUUCUUUGUCUUUUUAUAAAUACCAUCUGCUCUCUGACUUUGCGGUAUUUAUGUACUUCAGACCUAACUGGAUGUGAUGCUAUGUAAGUUUGUUUCUGUCUGACUAGGGAUUAUGGAGUAGGAAGAAGGAUGUCCUACUCAAGUUCCACUUAUGUUGUACUUCACAGUCCUCUUGCAGGGGGAAAACCUGCAUAGAGGCUCCCCCACAGUGUCCUCUUUGAAGACACAUCCUCUCUAUACUCUCUCCAACAACACACACCAGCCCCCGUCUCCGCAACCCACCCAGCUUACGACCUGCCAGUUUCUUUGCAGUCAAUUUGCUGAUGGCUGUCACCAUCAGAUAUGGCUUCCCCACUGGUCAAGUGCUUACAUCAGUGAUCAGCUAAGUAGAUUAGGAAAACUCCAUGUUUGGGCUGCUCUAAGUUAACAGAAGGCAGCUUGUUGUCUCCUCAGUUUGCCAUUUAAAAGAUGGGUGGAAUGCAGAGAAAUAAUGCAGGCUUCUCAUAUCCCAAUUACUAUCAGCAGGGUCUGUUAGCAAAUACAUGGUUGAUGACUCCUGCAGUUGAGUAGCCAAUCACUUGCUGCCCAGACUCUCUCCAGCAAUGGUCACUUAAGCAAGCCAACAGAGCAACAUUGUUACCCUUGCUGAUUCAGUGCCUGUGAAAUCCAUGCUCUUGGAGUGUAUUUUUCUUUCUUUUCAAUUUCUUUUCUCCCAUUCUCUCUCCCCAUUUCCCCAUCUCCAACCACCACCAACAAGCACCAACCUUUCUACCUUUUCCCUUGCACCCUCCUUUAGAAUGUAAGACAAAGUUUCCCAAAGGGUUGCUUUGGCAUUACGCCACUACUCUUGCAGACUAGGCAUUUCUCUAGUUUGACCCAUGUCUGUUCCAAGUUCUUGGACACAUGCUGGUACAUCAGUGAGACUCCAUGACCCACGUCUAAUGGAGAGAAAGGGGUGGAAUAAUUAUAUCAGCUAGGGCUCAUACACUAGACCUGUUGUCCCCUGCACGGUGUCUAUUUGGUGAGAACAGGACUGGGCUGUGAGAGAGAUCUUCAGACCAACACUCACCAUCUAGACAGCCACUUAUAUGAUGUGCUGGCAAUGCCUAAAACCUGAGCAACUACCCCAUCAAACGUCCCUCUCUUCGGGCAAUGAAGAGAUGGAGACUGUUUAUCUCUAGGAAUGGAACACACCGUCCUCCAAAUGAAAAAUGGGGGAGGUGAAGAAAAGGUUUCUUCUCUGAUUUUCUAAGAAGAGUGGACAUAUGUCCAUCACAAACAACAAGAACUGGAUGAACAGUUGCGAGCUCUAAAUUCAACCUUCCCAGUAUUUUGGGUGAUUAAUUUUUACAGUGCAUAUAAACCAAGACAGUAACUACUACAAUAAAUAAAUUAAUUUUUCAACUACGCAGAUCUCGUGUAUAUCAUUGUCAACUAGGUAUGUUCAUUUUCAUCUCUGCAAAUCUUCUACUUUUUGUACAGACAAUUCAAAGUAUUUUGAAUAAGAUAAUGUUUUAAUAUGUACUCUUAUCAUGUAUCUGGUGCACCAGUUUAUGUGUAAUUGUGUUUCCUUAAGAAUCAAUGUAAUGGCAGGUUUGUUAACACGUAUGGUGUUUUAGCAUCACUGUACUUUUUGGAAUAGUUUAUUAGAUGUUUAGAUGUUUUGAGAUGUAAAGGAUUCCUCACUUCAGUGAUAAAACAUCACUGUGAAAUGGGGAAAGCUCAGUUUGUAAAUAUGGAUCUUUGUAAACAGAACCUGCCUGUCGCUGUGUUUUUAGCUUUCUAUUAUGUUUGGAGUAACUUUUUUGGUUUUUUUCUAUAUAUCAGGGAAUUUUUAAAUAAAUUCGUAAAUGUAAGCUUUUAA